CACGGCUCCUCCUCCUUCUCCCUCUGUGUCGGCGACCGGCGUUCUCUUUUAGGGGAAGCCUCUGCACCAGGGGCUUGGUAGGGGCGGUAGCCUAGCCACCAGUUCCCCGGCAAGCCCCGCGCCGCCCCGCUUCCGUGCCCUGUCCGUCUUGGCGACGGAGCGAGGGGCAAAGCGGAGCGGAAUGGCAGAAAAUGAGUUCUUAGAAGAAAAAACAUUCAAGCAACACUGUGAAAAUUUUAUUAAACAUUCAGAGGAAAUAGGUGAUGGAUGGGAAUGGAAAAAUUCAAAGGACUGCUCUGAUGGCUACAUGAGCAAAACACAUUUCCAGACUAGAAAUGGGACUUCGGUGCCUGAACAGUUUUUUUCUCAAGCUGAGGAAGAUGAUGAAGGAGCCAGGCAUAGCGACCUGAAUUUGGAAGACUUUGAGCUCUACUCUGAUGACUCCGAAGUGGUUGGGCUCACUGCAGCAGCAGAAGUGAUUCGAUAUGAAUACCAUGUUUUAUACUCCUGCAGCUAUCGGGUACCUGUACUGUACUUCAGAGCAAGUUUUUUAGAUGGAAGACCUUUAACACUGAAGGAGAUAUGGGAUGGUGUUCAUCAGUUCUAUAAAGCUCGUCUUCUUCAAGAGCCGUGGAGCACCAUUACACAACAGGAGCACCCAAUACUUGGACAACCUUUCUUUGUCCUUCAUCCUUGCAAGACAAAUGAAUUCAUGACUUCUUUAUUAGAUAAUUCUGAAAAAGAUAACAGGAAUAUAAACUAUAUUACAUCGUGGCUCAGCAUUGUUGGACCAGUGGUGGGGCUGAAUCUACCUUUGAGUUAUGCCAAGGCAAUGUCUCCGCAAGAUGCAAAAAUGGAUUAAUACAAGUCGGUGAGUCAAACCCCACACACUGAGGAGUCACUGCAGUAAAGAGCCUUCGUUUUCUUGAGCAGCUUAGGAUAGAUGAUGGACAAGAUCACCCACUAGAAUCUUCACUGGAGCUGUUUCUGUUUUUCCUUGGAAACAAGACACAAGAUUACAACUCAAGACAAAAAUGCUUAUAACACCUAUCUCAAAGAUGAAGGUGACUGAUCUUCAUUAAGAGGGACACUCUGUUGAGUGUCAUUGCAUUUGAGGGAAGAAUCAUUUCCAUUUUCUCUUGCUUUGCUAUAUCUUUUCUUCUGACUGUAGAGCUUUACCCUGAAAUGGAUGUGAAUAUUCAUUGUGAAUAUGACCAAAGUUCUCUGGCAUAAUUUUUUUUUUAAUAUUUAAAAUAGAAAAUUGGUUUUAUGUACUUAAAAGGAUUUUUUUUACUUUUUAUUCUAAGAAAUAAUAAACCACUACUUGUACUGAGCACGAUUGAUAUUUAAUAAAUACCUUGCCAGUGACAUCUUA